AUGAACAAUAAUAUAGAGAAUGAUGAUAGUAUGGAUGAUGGUGAAUUAGAGAAAAAGGAUUUAAAAUCAAUUAUAGAGAUUGCUCAAUCAUAUAGUAUUUCAACAAUUAGUUUAAAUAAAGCAGAAAUCAUUGAAAAGAUUAAAUCAAUAGUUAAAAGAAAAAGAGAAUAUGAAGAAGAACAAAAACAAAAACAAAAUGUUAAUUCAUUUAAUAAAAUUAAUAAAUUAACAAUUACAGAUAAUAUUGAACCUACUGAAAUAUUAUUUUGGAAAUUAUUUAGAAAUAUAGUAAUUUAUAAAAAGAUAUUCUCAUUUAUUGAUAAUCGAUUCUCGUUAACAUAUGAUUCAAUGUCAUCAAUAAAUAAAUUAAUUGAUUCAAAUCAAUUUGGUAUAAUAAAAGAAAAGGUUUAUAGAAAUUGUAGAUAUUUACUUUUGAAUCCAUUUACUAUUACUUUAGAAAUAGAAUAUUUAUUGAAAUUAUUUUCAACAAUUAAGAUAAUUAAUAGACAUGCUUUUGUGAAGGAGCCAAAUUAUCAAACAGUAUCUUAUUCAAAAGAAUUUUUAAAAUUUAUGGAUUGGAUGUAUACAAAUUAUAAUAAUGAAUUGAAAAAUGGUGGUUUCACUGAAGAAAUACAUCAAUAUCAUUUACUCAUUUCGAUUGGUAGAUUUGAUUCCAACAACAACAAUUACAACAACAACAACAACAACGACAGCAUUAAUAAAUACUAUAAUGGUAACGAAGAAGAGAAUGAUGUUUAUAUUCAAAGAUUACGAUUAUUAUUAAAUAAUGUUAUCCAACUCACUCCUCAUCUAUUUGAAGUUAAUAAUUUUAAAUUUUUAAAUUGGUUAUUAACAUUCAUUAUUUAA